GCCGGAGGCAAAACGUAAAAAGUGCGCGCGCCUUCAGCUGAGCUGAGCUGGAGUAAAGAAUUUCGAAGGACUGGGAACUAGAAUAAAAUUCAACAUGGCGGCCGAAGUUGCUCCACAACCAUCGAAGAAAACUUUGUCGAAAACUCUCAUGGAAAUGAAGUUCAUGAGGAGGAAAGCAGAAUCAGACUAUCGCCGCCAACUUGAAGAAGAGCGACAACGUGCUAUUGAAGAAUCGCACUGGGUACUGGACGAGAAAGAAAAAGAUGAUCGAAGUUGCAUUGAGUUUGAACCCAGUUAUGUCAAAUGUGAGGAACUUUAUCCAAGUGGUAGGAUGUCUUUCAAGAACUUUAACCCAACAGUUGAAGUAAGUCUAAAUGUUUGAACCUGAAUAGAUUAAUGUACAUUUGUGUGUGCAAUCCCAUAGUAAACCAUCACAAUGAAUUGCUUAUCCUCCUGGGUUGACAGGGACACUGUGAGCAGUAAAUACUAAACAUGUUGAAUAAAUUAGGGCGCACAGCAUUUUGCACUGCUUAAUGCAGGGCACUUAUCCGAUAGCAUGGACACAAUAUUAAGGAUGGUCCACUCAUUUAUUUUCUCAAUCGGAAUGCAGAACAACAGAUGACACAACUCAACAACUGUACAAUAGCGUAAUACAGCCAUUCUCUGUAUCACUUCAUAAUUUAUGUUUAAAUGUUGCAUUCAUAUGGAAAGCAGAUCAUGACAUACAUGUAGUCUUCAGUGUGAUUCACUUGUCUUGUCCGGUUAUUUUAUGCCAAAUUAUGACUUGAAAUAUGCAGCUUUUGUAAUAGGGUUGCAUUUAGGAAGGGACACUGAUUAGAAAACAUGUCACUCAAGGAGGAGUUUUUUAUUGCUAGUUUUUACUGUCAUGCAGUCAAAAAUAAAAAAUGAAUCAUUCAGUAACUCAAGUUAAGAGUUUAAAAUAUGAUAGAUGAUUUAUAUAUUAUUAACCUUGCCAAGAUUUAUGUCUGUGUAGUUUUUCAUUCACACAUCGUUCUGAGAACUGUUUCACUCUAAUUGCAAGAUUUUUGUAUAGAGACAUAUGACGGUUGCUAAUAUGGUAGCUGUAAAGUAACAGAAACAUCUCUCAUAGAGUAUUGCUAUUAAAAGUUAUUUCUCUAGAGCUCAUACAUUGUCUAACCUAAGGACUGUCAAGUUUGCAAUAACUCAAUGAUAAAUCAUCUUUUGGCCUACGUGACAGCCUUCUCGGGCUGCCAUUUCAACUUCUCACAAUGCAAAACUUGGAUAUUUAAACUUGCUUGCUUAUUACAAACUGAAGAACCCCAUUAAACUACAGCUUUAUAAACUAUCAAUUUCUUAGAGGGUGUUACAUUUGAUUAAACUAAAACCCCAGAAGGAGGCUGAGGUAAUUUUUUAUUUGGAAUGUAAUGACUUCCUCUGAAACCUGGCAAUUACAAAGAGGGUGCUCACUUCAGAGUCCAAUUAUAAUGACGUUUCAACCAAGAACCUGGAACUUGGUAAAAUUGAAUCCAGACCUCAUUUGUAAGCCUACAUCAAAAAGGAAGUUCUUCAAAAAAAAUUAAAUUGAACAAAACCUUGGGGGCUAUCCAUUCAACCAAAAAUUCCUUAAAUUUCAAAUCAGGAACAAAUGGUGCAGACAUUUUCAGGUAAAGUUUCUAGAAAAGCCAGAAACUGUUGUAUUUCCAUUAAUGGAGCAGAAAUUCCAGGUAAGAAAUUUUGAACAUUUGGGUAUACUUUACAAGGUUUUCCAGAAAUUCCUGAUAAAUUUAUUCUGUUCCACUGGUCACUAACAAUUCUGAAAUUUAAAACAGAAUUUUUCAUUGAAUGGAAAGUGACUGUCACCCCUUCUGCUGAUUAGGGAAGUAAGGACUCACUGGAAACCACUGCCAUGGCUCCUGUAUUUACUUUAAAAGUGAAAGACUGAAGACAGCAAGCUCUCGCUUGGUAUUCCAUAACUUCUCAAACUCAUUAAUUGAUAAUUCAUCAAGUUAAAACAAGGAAAAUCACAACCAUGAAGGAGGUUUGGACACCUGCUCUUAAUUAGCAUAGAUUUUGAGAAUUUUACUUCUCCCUUUACUCCCUAGUUUUUGUUUUUGUUGAGAAGAUUAAAUAUAUCAACACUCG